ACUUCUUUUUCUCUCCCCAGAUACUUGAUAAUCCUGCCAUGAGCCACUCCUGGUGACGGCUCUUCUGUUUCGAAUUCUCCUCUUGUUUUGUUUUGCUAUCAACUGGCCGGCCCAGCACUUUCCUUCUACAUACAGACUGAUUUGGUUUUAUAUUUGUUUCUUACCCCCCUCAACACCCUAUUCCUUCUGUUUCCUUUCGGGUCUCGUCCUUCACUGAAACUCACAAAAACACUCUUGCCAACUGCCCCAAGAGACAUAUACGACGAUCAUGGUUCCUCUGUUUAGCCCCUCUGGCUUUGGCCGUUUCAAGGAUAGCCAUAGCCGUUUGACCGCAAGCGCUUCACAAAAGUCAGUGCCUUCGCCAAUGCCUUCGCCUUCGCAACCUUCGCCUGAACCAAUGGCGACUGUACUUAUUGGCCCCAAGCAACAGCGCUUCAAGGUCAACAAGCGACUGUUAUGUGCAACUUCGCCCUUCUUUGCCGACCGUUUUGGUGAUCCUUCGAGUUCCAAGUCAAUCUCGUUAUGGCUACCUCGCGAAUCAUCCUCCAUGUUCGGUUUGUUUGUUGACUGGGUUCACCUCGGUCUUCGGUUUCGUCCACAUCUUGAUGAGAUGAUUUCUAAUGCAUACGAUGCCGGCCUUGAAGCUUCUCAAAACAUCCACUGGUCUCUCAUCCGCUUGCACCUCUUUGCAUCGCGUCUUGGACUCUAUCGACUUCAGGACCUCGCCAUGGACUCCAUCCAGGACCUCUACCUUCGCUGCGAUUGGGACGUUCCCUCUGGUCUCAUCACUUUCCUCUACACAGAAUGCGAGGAUCUCGCUGCUAUUCGACUUCGAAGAUGGGCUGUCGCCAUGGUCGCCUUCUCCUUUACCGGCGGGCCCCGUCUCACCUUCCACCCUCAGCAAUCUGCUACUUCGGAACCCACCCGCUUCAGUGAUCUACUAGAAGAGCUACCGGAAUUUGCAAGUGACUAUGACAUACAUAUGGAAAAGAUGCGGCUCUCAGGUCUCGAUAUUCGCUUCAAGAACCCACAGCUGCGCAUUCCAGCCAACCGCCUCCGCAAUGAUGAGCGCGCAUUUGGGUUCCGCCAAUGUUCCUUCCACUCACAUCGCUCAAGCGUUGGCGAGCGACGAUGCCCUCACGAAUCAGGCUCAACAAAGCACCGCCGUGUUUACCAAUCAUCGGUGAAGGAAUCAGGGCCAGAAUCCACAGGUUUAAGCGCCCCAACCCGGAGAUAUCGCGAUGUCGUGCCCAGACCACUCUUUUCCGGACCGAUGGACUCAGAUAUCGGCGAGGACGACGAUGACGAAAUUUCAAAAGCGAUAAAGCAUGUAAGAUCUAUUUCAAGUACACUCAAGACUUGAAGGGAGACAAUCAUUGCUGAAGAGAGUGGCUGAUGAGAAUGAAUCCGGCAAAGGGGGCUGGGCGUGAAACUCUGAUCUGCUUGAUCGCCAUCAUGACCCCAUUAUUCUCUAACAGCCCCAAGACAACUCAAAGAACUUGACUUGAAAUUUGAUCAUCAAGAUCAAACAGGACGACAACUGGACCAGCCCACUGUUCUCGAGCACGUCCAGAAAGUUACAUCGCUGUCUCUCGGUUAGGAAGCUCGGGGGGCUUUAAAUAUAUCGCCUCAUGUCUGUGACAUGGGCCUUCGUCAUACGACGAUACUGGUUGUUCCACCAGUUUUUUUCCUUUCUUUUUAUACGCAACCUAGUCAGGUCUCCCGGAGAGAGAUGGCCAAUGUUCAAGCGAGUCUUAAGAACAAGAUAAUAUUCUUUGUAAAAUAGUAUUUAAUGUACAUAACGACAAGACAUCCUAUCAUAACAAGAGAAUAAUCAAACAUCAUGGACUCUUCAACUAUCUCAUUCCAUUUUACUCAAGAAUAACAUCUAUGUUCACUUUCGAUGGACGGUUUAUUUAUGAAAAGUAUUUUUUUG